UAACUCGAGGGUUUAUGUCGACUGUUGUUCCUACUUAUACUGCACUCGACAGUCACUCACAAUGACUCCGUCUAGCACGACUAGAUGGCUCACUUCGCUCUUUCUAGUCUCAUGCUGUUCAGCGCUGGCAGUGCGCCAAGUUGAAACGUAUGAUUACGUGGUCGUGGGCUCCGGCCCGGGCGGUGGUCCUCUCUCGGCGCGGCUUGCCAUUGCCGGUUACAAAGUGCUUCUCAUAGAAGCCGGCGAUGAUCAAGGCACGAAUCUUCGCUAUCAAAUCCCAGCUCUUCAUGCGCAAUCUACCGAAGAGGAGAGCAUGAGUUGGGACUUCUACGUUAACCAUUAUUCCGACCUCGAGCGUCAAAAGAAGGAUUCGAAGAUGACAUAUCGUACGCCAAGUGGAGAACUGCAUAUAGGUCCCAACAGCAAUCUUGGGACUGGUGAGCCUCCGGCUGGGAGCGAGCCUUUGGGAAUCCUUUAUCCAAGAGCCGGGACACUCGGAGGCUGCAGUGCGCACAACGCGAUGAUUGCCAUAUAUCCUUUCAACAGCGACUGGGAGGGGAUUGCGACUUUGACGGGUGACUCAACAUGGUCGGCGAAAAACAUGAGAGAAGUUUUCAAAAAACUGGAACGAAGCAGAUAUCUGCCCAAUGGAGUUGUCGGACACGGCUUCAGUGGAUGGCUUACCACGAUGGUUACCGACUUGACGCUAGUGCUCCAGGAUCUCAAGCUCCUUUCCCUAGUCAUAGCUUCGGCGACAGCCAUGGGUAAAGGCAUUCUGGGCCUCAUCACGACAGUUACCGGUCUGGCUGAAGUGUUGCUUUUGGACAUCAAUGCGGAUUCACCUACGCGUGAUGCUUCGGAAGGACUCUAUCAGAUUCCCCUGUCCAUGAACGAUCGUACUCGUACUGGGUCCCGAGAGUUCAUCCUAGACACUGCAAAUGCGAAAAAUGCCGAUGGAAGCCGAAAAUACCAUCUGGAUGUGUUGUUGAACAGCCUCGCAACAAAAGUGACUUUUGAUACUUCGGUUACGCCUCCGAAAGCCAACGGUGUCGACUACCUGUCCGGAAGCCACCUCUACCGAGCAUCCCCCUUAUCCUCCGGUGCCACCGAAGGGACAACAAACCACGUCGAGGCGACAAAAGAGGUGAUCAUUGCGGCCGGAGCAUUCAACACUCCCCAACUCUUGAAGUUAUCCGGCAUCGGCCCUAGCGAAGAAUUGGCGCAGUACGACAUCCCUCUCAUCGCAGAUCUACCUGGAGUGGGAACCAAUCUCCAAGAUCACUACGAGAGCGCUUUUGCUGGGAAAUCUACUUCCGACUUCUCCGUAACAGAGCCCUGCGAAUGGCUCCAGUCUACUCCAGACCGAUGCUAUGAGCAAUGGCGCGACAACACCGUCUUCAAGGGCGUGUACGGGUCAAACGGCAUCGCUAUUGGUGUCGCAAAACGAUCUUCUGUCGCGGAAGGUGAUGCAGACUUGUUUAUCUCGGGCGCUCCCGCUUUCUUCACUGGAUAUUUCGACGGCUACUCUAAUGCCUCGCUUGUGGACAAAAGGCAUUGGGUUUGGGUAGUCUUGAAAGGUCAUCCGAGGAAUACCGCUGGGACUGUGACACUGCGAUCCAAUGAUCCUAAGGAUACGCCUCUCAUUAACUUCCACUAUUUUAAUGAAGGUGUGACGGAGGGGAAUGGCGAUCAGAAGGAUCUGCAGGCCAUGCUGGAGGGUAUGGAGCUCAGUCGCAAGAUCUUCAAGUCACUCAUACCCCUUGGUGGAGGUUUUAAUGAAGUUUGGCCUGGUGAGGGGGUUGAGUCGGAUGCGAUGAAGGAAUUCGUCGAAAAGGAGGCAUGGGGUCAUCAUGCAUGCUGCACAGCUAAGAUCGGGGCAGAAGGAGAUAGUACUGCAGUCUUGGAUUCUAAACUUCGUGUAAGGGGUGUAAGCGGCUUGAGGGUUUCGGAUGCCUCUGUGUUUCCUAAAAUCCCUGGGUUCUAUACGGCGGUUCCGGUUUACAUGAUUGGCGAGAAGGCCGCAGAGAUGAUUAUUGAGGAUGCGGAUUAGUCAACUUGGCCUGUCAAUGAAUGGCGUACGAUAAUCUGCUAUAACAUGAACCGUGGUACUGGUGACAGCAAUCGUAUGGUUCUUGCAAUGGAUUCUGAUUAUCAAAACGAACCUUUUGUAUCGGAAUAUUUAUAUGCGUCUCGAGACAUGGACACGCUGUCAUUCAUAAUUGACAGAAUGCGAUACCCAUGUGAUCCGAUGAACGACGUGCUGAU